AGCGUCCGGACCGGCGUGUAGCGGCGCGACAACUCCCGCGCGCGCGUUCGCCCGACGCCCCCGAGGCCGUCCGUCGGUCGCGGAGACGACCAGUAUGGCGGCCCUGGCCCAGUCGCGCAAGGAGGAGGUCUUCGGCAAGUGGUGCCCGCCCUGCCCGCCGGACAAGCCCCAGCUGAUGAUCUACAACUCGCUUACGCGCAGUAAGGUGCCCUUCGUGCCCAUGGACCCGCUGGGCAAGGUCAUCACCAUGUACGUCUGCGGCCCCACGGUCUACGACGCGGCCCACCUCGGCCACGCGCGGACGUACCUGCAGUUCGACGUCAUGCGGCGCAUCCUCCGCGACGCGCUGGGCUACGACGUCAACUACGUCAUGAACGUCACGGACGUCGACGACAAGAUCAUCAUGCGGUCGGCGGAGCGCGGCGUGAGCCCGGAGACUUUAGCGCGCGAGUGGGAGCACGCGUUCCUCGAGGACAUGACGUCCUUGGGCGUCGAGCGGCCGACGUCGAUGCCCAGGGUCACGGAGUACGUGCCCGAGAUCGUCGCCUUCGUGGAGAAGAUCGUGGCCAACGGCUUCGCCUACGCGGACCAGGGCAGCGUCUACUUCGACACGGUCGCGUUCGGGAAGGCGGGCUACGACUACGGGAAGUUGGUGCCGGAGUCCAUCGGGUCCGCGGAGCUCAUGGCCGAGAGCGAGGGCAAGCUCGGCAUCCUGCUGGGCGGCGGGAAGAAGGACCCGCGCGACUUCGCGCUCUGGAAGGCGUCGAAGCCCGGCGAGCCCACGUGGCCGUCGCCGUGGGGCGACGGCCGGCCGGGCUGGCACAUCGAGUGCUCCGCGAUGAUCGACAACACGAUCGGCUCCGGCGGCGUCGGCGGCGCCGCGGGCUGCAUCGACAUCCACGGCGGCGGCGUGGACCUGCGCUUCCCGCACCACGACAACGAGCUCGCCCAGGGCGAGGCGUUCUGCGCGUGCAAGCAGACGGUGAACUACUUUGCGCACACGGGGCAUUUGCACAUCCGGGGGCUCAAGAUGUCCAAGUCGCUGAAGAACUUCAUCACCAUCGGGCAAGCCUUGGCGGGGCUCGAGGGCGUCGAGGGCUCGGAGCCCGUGCACCCGCGGACCAUGCGGCUCAUGUUCUGCCUCGUGAGCUACAACGCGCCGUGCGACUACAGCGACAACAUGCUCGCGAACGCGCGCGUCGUCGAGAAGAAGUUCAAGGAGUACUUCCUGAACGUCGCCGCCGCCCUGCGGCCGCUGGACGCGGACCCGGAUUCGCGCCAGAAGCUCUGCGCGGAGGACAAGGAGCUGCUGGCCGCGUUGAAAAAAGCCCAAGACACGGUCUACGCGCGGUUCCUCGACGACUUCGACACGCCGGGGGCGGUGUUGGCUUUACAGACGCUGGUGGACACGACGUCGGCCUACCUGCAGAAGUUCGACGCCAAGCAGGCGUCGCGCGCCGUGCCCUGCUCGCUCGCGCUCUGCGCGACGGCGCGCUACGUCGGCGAGACGCUGGACCUCCUGGGCCUGGAGGGUCUGUGCGCCGACGACGUGCUCCGGCGGCUCAAGCUGACGCCGUCCCACAAGCCCGCGGCGGCGCUCGGGUCCGGCGACGCGGCGGCGGCGCUCGGGCCGCUGUUGGACGUCAUCGCGGCGUUCCGCGACGACGUCCGCGCCGCGGGCCGCGAGGGCGACACGCAGCAGGUCCUCGCGCUCUGCGACGCGCUCCGCGACGACGCGCUGCCGGCGCUGGGCGUGCGCCUCGAGGACAAGGGCGCGGCGAGCGUCUGGAAGCUCGAGGACCCGGCGGCGGAGAAGCAGCUCAAGGCGCUCGAGCUCGCGAACCGCGAGGAGGCCAAGCGCCUCGACGCGGCGAAGAAGGCCGCCAAGGAGGCCGCGGCCUCCGUGCGGCCCCAGGACAUGUUCAAGGACCGGGAAACCAAGUACGCGGCCUUCGACGCCGACGGCGUCCCGACGCACGACGCGGCCAACGAGCCCCUCUCCAAGUCCCUCCUCAAGAAGCUCAAGAAGGAGUGGGAGAAGCAGAAGAAGCUCUACGACAAGGCCCAGGGCAACUAGCGCGCGCGUCGCGUAAGGUGGGCUUGACGUG